UCGGGUUAAACUUGAAAAACAAACCUUCUUCAGAAGUGAUUUGUUCCCCAAUAUUCACAUACACGCAAAAAUCCGCCAUAGCCACACCUCGAGCUCUCUGUAACAGUUUCUUGAGUGAGGAUCGGUUUUGGAUUCGGAGAAUUUUGUUGUUUUCUAAAGCAUCAUGGCUGGCCUGGAGGUGAAUGACUGGAAAAAGAUUGGACUGGGAUUAACUGGAUUUGGCGUCUUUUUCUCAUUUCUGGGGAUCAUGCUCUUCUUUGACAAGGGACUACUUGCCAUUGGAAAUAUCCUAUUCAUCUCAGGGGUGAUAAUUACCAUUGGAAUCAAGUCCUCAUUGCAAUUCUUCACGAAACGUAACAACAUAAAGGGCACUGUUUCUUUUGGUGUUGGCUUCUUCUUUGUCAUCAUUGGUUGGCCUGUAAUAGGAAUGGUGUUGGAGACUUAUGGUUUCAUUAUACUGUUCAGUGGCUUCUGGCCGACACUAGCAGUUUUUGUGCAGAAGAUACCUGUUAUUGGAUGGGUUUUUCAACAGCCUUUUAUUAGAUCGUUCUUUGACCGCUACCGUGGCAAAAGGGUGCCUGUAUAAGUUGAGCCAACCGUUGCCAGGCUAAUGAAGUUGCAAAGAGUCAGUCAGUGAAAGUGUUCGCGGUUCAGAUACCAUUUCUAGGGUAACUUUUACUUUUACUCUUGGUUAUCGAAAUAGAAAAUCAUGUCGCUGGUUUGAUGGAAUAACUGUUGCCACUUUGGCUGUGUAUACCGGUUUUCAGACUUGAUUGAGUUCGUUGCUGGUUCUUAGAUAUUCAGUUCAUACUCUUUGCAUGUUCCAACUUCUAUGCACUAGCAGUAUAAGAAGGGCACAUUGUUAGGGGUGUGCUCUCAUGUGAAGAUUAAAAAAA